AUGGCUUCUUCAAGCAGAAACACCACCACUACCACCAGCAAUAGCAUCACUAACACCAGAACCACCAUCAAAAAGGCCGAAGAAAUAUUCAAGAACAACUGGAGAAAAGCCGAAGAAAUAUUCAAGGAGGACAGAGAUGCACUUACUGCUAAACUCAAUUCUAAUGGCGAUAGCGCACUCCACAUUGCAAUGGACAAGGCGGAAAAUAUACAGUUUGUUGAGAACCUCUUGAAGGAGAUAACCCCGGAGUCGCUUCCAGAAAUGGUGAAUAACAAAAGAGUCAACCCACUGCAUCGUGCUGCAAAGAUUGAUAACACCAUGGUUGCGAAGAUGUUGGCCAAGAAAAAUCCAGAUUUGUUAUUCAUUUUGGAUGUUACUUCCUUACCAAUUCAUAAAGCAAUCAUUAACUCUCACAAAACCACUUUCCUAUAUUUGCUUGAUGCAUGCAAACAAUAUAUUGAGAUCUCCCAAAAAGAUGGAUAUCACAGUCCCUUUGAGGGGGUACAUGGUGCCCGUCUUCUCACUAAUGCUAUUGAUUCAGGGUUUUUGGAUGUUUCACAUGAAUUGAUCACGGAGUACCCACACAUGGCCAGAACAAAGAGCAAGGAUACUUUCCCACUGACGUCUAUUGGGAAAAAGUGGGACUUAUAUUAUAGUGGAACCAGAUAUAACUUCUACCAAAGACUUGUUUAUUCUUAUCUGCCAAGGGAGGAAAAUUGUUUACAUGAUAAAAGUAUGAUCCAAGAUAUUGAGAACCAAGAGACUUGUAGUACGAAUCCCAAAAACACGAAGAGCCGCUUCUACUCUGUGAUCAUGAGGAUUUAUGUCAAAAUGUGGAAAGCUGCAAUACUGCGUGUUCCACACAUCAAGCACCUCCUGGAGGAAAAAGCAAAACAUAAUGAAGCUCUUGUCGUGCUGAAGCGUAUAUGUCAAGAAGUUUGUACAAUUACUACCGAAAGUGAAAUUUGCAAACAGUAUUGUGAUGCAAUGAAGUUUGCAGUGAAUAAUGAUACUCCAGAAGUAAUAGAAGAGAUCAUCAAAUCUUUUCCAUACGCAAUUUGGACCAAGAUCGAUGGUUAUAGCCUUAUUCAAGUUGCAAUAAGAAACCGCUCUGAAAAGGUUUACAAUUUUCUACUAUGUCAUCUCUCUUAUGACAAAUAUGCACAUCAACAACGUCGAGACAAAGAUGAUAAUAAUCUAUUACACUUGGCUGCAAAAUUGGCACCAGUACACAAACUCAAUCUGGUUUCUGGAGCAGCUCUACAAAUGCAAAGGGAGUUACAAUGGUUUGAGGAAGUGGGAAACUUUGUGAAACCGAAGUACAAGGAUCAAAAAACCAAAAAGGAAGAGACACCAAUUAUGGUGUUUAGAGAAGAACACAAGGAGUUGAGAAAAGAAGGCGAAGAGUGGAUGAAGAAGACAGCGGAUUCAUACACAAUUGUAGCUGCACUUAUAAUUACGAUAGUUUUUGCAGCAGAGAUUACUGUGCCUGGUGGAAAUGAUGGUGACACUGGCAAAGCAAUUUAUGAAAUAAAACUCAGUUUCGUUGUAUUUGCAGUUUCGGAUGCAAUAUCAUUAUUUGCGUCCACCACUUCGUUGUUGUUGUUUCUAUCCAUUCUCACAACACGUUAUCGAGAGGAGGAUUUUCUGUAUAAGUUGCCUACAAGAUUAAUACUUGGCCUUGGGAUGUUGUUCUUGUCGGUAACCUCGAUGAUGGUAGCUUUUAGUGCAACAUUGUAUCUUAUGUUUGGACAAGAAAAGGCAUGGUUAAUGAUCCCGAUAGCCACAUUAACAUGUCUGCCAAUUGCUUCGUUCGUGACAUUACAACUACCAUUGCUUGUUGGUGUGAUUUCUUCAACGUAUGGUCAAGGAAUCUUUGUUACCCAAAGUGAUCGUAGGAUGAAAAAGUCAUGA